AUGGCUUCUCUUCCGCAAGUAGGCCGUCAGGUCAGCUCGACGCCGGCUCAGCGUCCUCCCCAAACACGGAUUUCCGGCCGUCUCAUCGCCCUUGAGCCUACCACAGCUGCGCAUUCGCGGGAUCUAUUCUUGGCUGUCGGCGGCCACGAAAACGCUUCACUAUGGGCUUACAUGCUACAUGGGCCUUUUGACUGCGAAGACUCCUUUAGAGCGUACUUGGAAAACCGGUUACUUGAUAAGGAUUCGGUAUUCUACACGUUGAUCGAACCAGCCAGUCAGAAAGCGGUUGGACAUUUUGCCCUGCUACAUAUCGAUAUCCCCAAUCGUGUCGUUGAAAUCGGACAUGUUAUAUUCUCGCCUACGUUGCAGCGCAGCACUGCAGCGACGGAGGCUUUCUACUUACUAGCUAAGCUGGUGUUUGACGAUCUGGGAUUUCGACGAUAUGAAUGGAAAUGCAACAACCUCAACACGGCCUCGAGAAACGCUGCUACUCGACUUGGGUUUUCAUAUGAAGGCUUGUUCCGUCAGCAUAUGAUUGUCAAGGGGCACAACAGGGACUCUGCUUGGUUUUCAAUACUUGAUUCAGAGUGGCCGGCAAUCCGAGAUGCCUAUGAAAAAUGGCUGCAGCCUUCGAAUUUUGAUUCAAAUGGGAAACAGAUUCAGACCCUGGCUUCCAUGAAAAGAAAAUGA